CAACUACAGUAUUAGUCAAUUAGAGGUAAAUGGUAAAAUAUUGUGAAAGAUUACAUAAACGGAAGAAAAGUAAGAGUUAAUGGCAACUACAGUAUUUGUAGUUGGUAUUUUGGAUAAGAAUCAAGUGGGCCAAAAUCCAAUGAGAAUAUUUAUUCUUGAAGACUUAAGCAGGUCAAGAUCAUCAAAUACACCAGACUUUGCAGAAAGAGAGAAAAACAAGAUUGAAAAAAUGGCAGAGGGAAUUGUGUGGGAAUUGGCAUCAAAAGCCUUGGAAUCGUUGGGCAAAGCAGCCAUUCAAAAGGCUGGAUUCUGGUGGAGUGCAUGAGAUGAUCUGAAUAAUCUUGAGAAAACCAUCAGGAUGAUCCAGGCUCGAGUUCGUGAUGCUGAGAAGUACCAGGAAGCAGAGGGCAGUGACACUAUCAAAGAGUGGCUUAAGAUGCUUAGGCAGGUGCUUUACCGAGCUGAUGACCUGUUUGAUGAGAUCCUCACUGUUGAUCAGCAGAGACCACGGAUGCAGGUACAUGUCUUUUUUUCUAGAUCGAACAUACUUUGGCUUAACUGGAAAAUGGCUCGAGAAAUCAAGUCUAUUAGACAAGAACUUGAUGCCAUCAACUCGGGUUUGACUAGCUUAAACUUGAGGGUGUAUGAUCACAGAGAAGACCCAAAACAUCCUGUGGCCCAAUUAAUGAAGAGAAGGGAAACAGCCUCUUUUGUUAAAGCAGUUGAUAUCAUUGGUAGAGAAAAUGAUAAAAACAUGAUAAUUGAGAUGCUGUUAAAUCCCAAAUAUGAUGAUGAAAAGGUUACUGUCAUUCCAAUUGUUGGGUUUGGGGGUCUAGGAAAAACCACUCUUGCUCAAUUGGUGUUCAAUGAUGUGAGAGUUCAGAAACAUUUUGAUCUUGUUACAUGGGUUUGUGUACCUGAGGUAGACAAUCAAAAGGCGGUAAUGGGGAAACUUUAUAGGUGCUUCACUGAUGAGGAUUCUGGUGACCGUUCACUGAAUCAAAUUAAAUCGCAGAUUCAUGAUUCUAUAAAAAGCAAGAAGUAUCUUCUUGUCUUAGAUGACAUAUGGGAUGAUAGUCGAGAUAGGUGGUUGGAUCUCAUGAGCUUGUUGGAAUGUGGUCGCAUUGGGAGUAAGGUAAUUGUAACUACGCGCUCUGAUAAUGUUGCAAAGGUUGCAGGCACAGUUCCUAAAUCUUAUAAAUUAGGAUUUCUAACAGAUGAUGAGUCUUGGGAGCUUUUCAGAAGCUUAGCAUUCAAACAAAAUCAAGAGGAGAGUAAUCCUAAUUUAACUCAGAUCGGUAAAGAGAUUGUUAGUAGUUGUGGAAACGUUCCCCUCGCUAUCAGAGUUGUUGGAAGCCUCCUCUACUCUAAAGAUAGUGAGAAAGAGUGGCAACUCUUCAAAGAUGAUCAACUGUCAAAGGCAAAGCUGAUGGAGGAUGGCAACUUAAUGCCUGUGUUAAAGUUAAGUUAUGAUUACUUACCUCCAGCAUUAAAACAGUGCUUUGCCUACUGCUCAUUGUUCCCAAAGGAUUACGAGUUUAGCAAGGCUGAUUUGGUCCAUUUAUGGAUGGCACAGGGAUAUUUUGAGCCAUCAAACAGAGACAUCGGAGAUCAGUAUUUUAUGGAAUUGUUACGGAUGAACUUUUUUCAAGAUCCCAAAGAAGAUGGUAAAGGGAAUGUAAAAACGUGCAAAAUUCAUGACUUAGUGCAUGAUUUAGCACAACACAUAGCAGGUGCUGAGAACAUGCUGUUGGGUGAGUCUUCAAUGCAGGUCACUGAUGAGCUUAUACAUGUAUCUCUUAACGGAUGGGAAGCUCCAUCAUCAUUGUUAGCUACCAAGAACAUACGAUCAUUGCUAGGAUUAUCUAUUGAAAGGCCUGCUAGUCUUGAAGGGUUGGUUUCAAGAUUCCUGUCCUUACGCGUCUUGAGCUUGAACAAUAUUGAUAUGGUCCCAAGUUCUAUAGGGAGAUUGCGCCAUUUAAGAUACCUUAAUCUUGCACGGAAUUGUAUUGAAUGUCUUCCUAAUGCCAUAACGAGGUUAGAGAAUCUCCAAACAUUAAACCUUGAUAGUUGUCCUUUCCUUAUGGAGCUACCAAGAGAUUUUGCCAAACUGUCUAAUCUCAGGCAUUUGGUGAUCAAUUGGGAUACUUUGACAGAUUUGCCGUCGGGUUUUGGGAAAAUGACAACUCUUCAUGAGUUACAUGGAUUUAUAGUAGGAAAAGGGGAAAAUACUGGCAUUGACUCACUGCCAGCCUUAAAUCUUAGGGGAGAACUGAGGAUUCAAUUUUUCAAGUUGCGCAAAAAUGCAGUGAUGGAAGCUCAAAGGGCAACUUUGAAGGAAAAUCAACAGCUGACUUCUCUUAUAUUGAGCUUUCGGGGAGAAGAAACUGCUGUUGAUUCUGAUGAAUUAAAGAGGAUGAUAUCAUUCUUGCAACUUCCUCAAAAUCUUAAAUAUCUGAAGGUUCUUGGAUACAAAGGAGAUGAGAUGCCCAUUUGUUGGUUUGAUAGGUUGCGUAAACUUGUUUCCAUUAGCUUUGUGUGCUGCAAUAAUUGCCGAAUUCUCCCUUACUUGAGACAAUUGCCUCAUCUUAAAUCUCUUUAUCUUCAAUCACUAAAUGCCUUGGAGUAUGUAGAAGAUGAGGGCACUAGUUGGGUUGGUGGAAACUCUGGUUCUACAGCUCACAAUGACUACUUCCCUUUCUUAGAGGUCUUGGAGUUGGAGGAUUUGCCGCGAUUAAAGGGGUGGACUAGAUCAUCAAAUGGUGAGGGUGAGCAAAGGAAGGAGUUGUUUCCUCGUCUUUUGCAAUUGAAAAUAAAUGGUUGCAAUAAAUUGAUGUCAAUGCCUUUUUCCCCAAAGUUGGAGUCAUUGGAGGUACAUAAAAUCAAUGGGAGGUUGUUUAGAUCCAAUCUGAUGUCACAGAAUGAUCAGGAAGCACCAUCUUCAUCUUCAGUACCAUCAUCUUCAUCAUCAUUAAAGCAGUUGAAAAUAUGUGAAACUAAUGAUGGGCUUGUUUUUUUGUCAAUUAGUAGUAGGCUGUGCAACUUAGAGACAUUAGAAAUAAGGCAUUGCCACAAACUCUGGAGUUUGAUAUUUGAUUCUCCAAAUUCCAUUCGACAUCUUCAUAUUUAUAACUGCAGAAGCUUGAGAAACAUAUCAAAGGGGAUACAUCUGCCCUUCCUUGAGACACUGACUAUCCGAAACUGCAAAGAGUUGGAAGAGGAGGAAGAAGAAGAAGAUGAGACGACCACCAGACUGGAUUGGCAAGGCUUGAGGAGCCUCCGCUCUUUGGAAUUAUCCUGCAUCCCAAAAUUGGAGAUACUCCCACGAGGCAUUGCUUGCCUAACCACGCUUCAGCAUCUGACAGUAACAUUUCUCCUGAAUCUGACAGCACUCCCUGAUGAGAUCAGCAACCUCUCCUUGCUACGUGAGCUUCAGAUCAUAAAGUGUCCAAAUUUGGCUUCACUUCCACCAUCGUUACAAGGCCUUACAUCUUUACAGAAGCUUUACAUUAGAGGCUGUCCGGAUUUGGGAAAAAGAUACAAGAAGCCGAAUGGCAAAGAUUGCCACAUUCUUCAGCAUAUUCCCCAUACUGAUAUAUCUACAGGAUGCGAAUUAAGUUUCCACGAUGACUUAGGCUUUAUUGAAUCUCCAGAAUGGGAAUGAUAGCUUGCUUCCUUUUGCCUUCUUAUACUUCGUGUUUAUUAACUCUAAAAAGUCUCUACUCUAAGGACUUGAAUCAAGCCCUCUCCUAGCUAUAGGUUUUCUACAUUGUGAGACAGUAUGUUUAUUUUGUACUGUCAAGUUCAUUGUAACAAAAAGAUAGUUUAUUUUUUGCCUAGUCCUAAGUCUUAGCAGAUUAAUUUGAUUGGGCUGAGCAUAUGAUUUGUGGAGCUUUUCAACCCUUCCUAGAAGGUGGUGAAAGUUUACACAGUGAUGCUAAUCAUAGGCUAGUGUUGGGAUUGUCGUGGUGUGUUUGGGCUUACAUCUGGCCUUCUUACUGGGGCCACAUGGAGCUUCGAUUCAGAUGGUGUGAUCGUGGAUGUGCUCCAGCUUGUCAGGAAACACAGAUGGAAAGGAUCUUUGUUUUCUGGUGAUAUCUGUCGCCUUUGUCCUCUUAUUGUUGAUCUCUUAUGUAUGUAGUUGCUAUUAUGUUAACCUUUGUGAAACUUUGUUAGAAUAUUGCUACCCUUAAGCUUUAAUAAUAAUAGAAGAAAUUGGUGGACUCAAGGGUAGUUACUCUUAUUCUUAAUAAUAAUAGAAAUGUACACCAAAGAGGAUUUCGACUUAAUAAGCCUCUCAUGCUAUACAGGCUUAAUUCUGUUUCUCAAUUUAUUUCCUGUCAAUUGUAAAUAUUCUAGUGGUGAUUGGAGUUUAAUGUAUUUAGUUGAAUGUAAAGAUUUUCUUAUCAAGUACAGUUGGGUCUUAUCAAGCUA